AUGGCCACUGAGGUUGAACAGUUGGAGGCGAGUCACCCACUAUUGGAGCAGAUGAUGGACGAUGAGGUGGCGCCAUUGAUGGAAGCACAGCAGCAUAAUAAGGUGGGCCAUAGCUUGAUAAGGCCUGAGGCGUCACUUGUGGUAGAGGAUAGUGCAGUGCAGCAGGAUAGCUUGUACGAGAACAUAACAAUUGUGGCAGUAUGGCUGGGACUGGAUAGGGUAGGAGAAAGGGACAAAGCUUUGAGUCUCUGUGAUGGGGAGCGGAAGUUCUUCUUCAAGAGGAAGGUCAUUUACUGGCAGCAGCAGGUUCCUCAUGGAUUCUACCCUGCACCCAAUGCUGCAGCACCUGCUGCCCCCCUAAACUCUGAUGAAGUUGGUGAGGAUGUUGUGGAGGAGGAGGCAGCUGAGGCUGAACCAGCUGCAGAACCAACUGCAGAACCAGCCGCAGACCCUUCGAAUGGUGUAGAGGUUCCUGUGGAUGUGGCCCCUUUUGACCCUAUGGCCCCUGAGGUUGAUGUGGGUGCUGAUUUUCCUGCUGGUGCUGAUAUCCCUGUUGCUAUUGAUCCUGCCACUUCUUCUGUUGCUUCCUAUGUUGACCCAGCGGGGGCACCACUGCCUGUUGAGAUUUACAACCCUAUUGCUGGAGCACCUGCAGAUAGUGUCACUCUGUUUGAGUGUUCCAGAGGAGAGGCUCAGCCAAGCCUUGGCUAUGUGUGUAAUGUGAACAACAGUAACAACAAUGACGAGGAGAAAAAGAAAAAAAGGAAAAAGGAGAAGAAAGAAAAGAAGGAGAAGACAGAGAAAAGGAAGAAAAAAGAAGAGAAGGAAAAGGAAGAAAAGGAGAAGGAGGCAAAAGAGAAGGAGGCAAAAGAAAAGGAGGAGAAGGAAAAACAAAAACAGAAGGAAAAAGAAAAGCCCAAAGAAUUAUUUGUUAUAAACCCAGCUGGAAAUUUGUACUAUAACUGGCUGUUCAUCAUUACACUGCCAGUUAUGUACAACUGGACCAUGAUCAUAGCCAGGGCAUGUUUUGAGGAGCUGCAACAUAACUAUUUAAUCUACUGGGUUCUUCUGGACUAUAUCUCUGACUUUAUCUACCUAGCUGAUAUGGCUUUCAGGAGCAGGACAGGCUACCUGGAGCAAGGCCUCAUCGUGAAGGAUGAGAAGCUGCUGAGAGAGCGUUACAUCAACAGCUUUCAGUUUCGUCUGGAUGUGCUCUCGAUGCUGCCCACUGACAUUUUCUACCUUGCCCUGGGACUCGACUACCCCGAGAUCCGUAUCAACAAGCUACUAAGAAUUGGCCGCAUGAUGGAGUUCUUCACAAUGACAGAGACAAAAACCAACUACCCGAACAUAUUCCGCAUUGCCAAUUUGAUCAUGUACAUCAUCAUCAUCAUCCACUGGAAUGCAUGUCUAUACUUCUCGUUCUCGAAGUCCAUAGGUUUCGGCUCGGAUGAUUGGGUUUAUCCCGCAUUGGAUGAUCCUGAUGAGCCCGCAUUUGGGUUGCCAAUGAGGAAAUACGCUUUCAGCCUCUACUGGUCCACACUGACGCUAACCACUAUCGGAGAGACACCGUCCCCAGCACUGGAUUCAGAGUUUCUCUUCCACGUGGUGGAUUUCCUAGUUGGAGUCCUGAUCUUUGCCACUAUUGUGGGAAACAUCGCAACUAUGAUCUCAAACAUGAACGCAGCCCAGGCCCAGUUUCAGUCACGCAUUGACAACAUAAAACAAUACAUGCACGUGCGGAAGGUCAGCAAGGAUCUGGAACUGCGUGUCAUCAAGUGGUUUGACUAUCUGUGGAAUAAUGGCAAGGCACAGGAUGAAAGGGAGGUGUUGAGAUAUCUACCAGACAAGCUGAAGGCUGAAAUUGCUAUCCAAGUCCACAUGGAGACUCUGAAGAAAGUUCGAAUCUUUGCAGACUGUGAGGCAGGCCUACUGAUUGAGCUGGUGCUUAAGCUUCGGCCUCAGGUGUUCAGCCCUGGAGACUACAUCUGCAAGAAGGGGGACAUUGGGCGUGAGAUGUACAUUAUCAAAGAUGGUAAACUUGCAGUCGUUGCUGAUGAUGGGGUUACCCAGUUUGUUGUUCUGGGUAGUGGCAGCUAUUUUGGUGAGAUUAGUAUCCUUAAUAUCAAAGGCAGCAAAGCGGGCAACCGAAGGACGGCAAACAUCCGCAGCAUUGGGUACUCAGACCUCUUCUGCCUGUCCAAAGAUGACCUGAUGGAGUCACUGACAGAGUACCCAGACGCCAAGGGCAUGCUAGAAGACAAGGGUCGGCAGAUCCUGAUGAAGGAUGGCCUGAUAGAUCUGGACCCAGCCAACAUCAUACCCGAGACCAAGGAGCUGGAGGAAAAAGUCACCCGUCUCUACAGCACCAUGGAACUGAUGCAGUUCAAGCUGAAAACGUUGCUGGGAAACUAUAGGAACACACAGAGGACCAUCAAAGAGCGCUUAACUGAUCUGGAGCACCUGACAGGAGAGGAGGAGGAAGAUGAGGAUGAGGAUGAAGGACAAGAAAAGAAGGAGGAAAAGGUGGCAGAAAAAUUGAAAAAGGAGGAAGAGGAGGAUAAAGGUGAUGGGGAGGAAAAGUUACAGGAGGGAGCUAUCUCUACUUUUCUACUCUUGCAGCACACGCUACAAUCCACAUAA